AUGGAAUGCGACGCACGGGGAGAGGGGCGAGGGGGUGCCAGUGGCGGGUGUGCCAGUGGGGGGUGUGCCGAGACAGGCGGAGGGGGCCUCGUAGCAGCAGGUAGUGAGGAAGCGGGAGCAGCAGCAGCAGCAGCGGCAGCAGCGGCAGCAUGUGGGGCAGCAGGCGAGCAGGUGGGUGUGCGGGUGCUGCGGCGUCUGUACCCCGGCAUAGCGCCCCUCGCCCACUUGCUCCGCCUCCCACUGCUCGCCCGGGGAGGCGACGCACCCACACCCAAAGGCAGGGCGGCAAAACGCGGAGCACAACGGGGCGAGGUGGAGGGCAGAGCAGGAGAAGCGUGCGGAAACGAAACGGAACGAAGAUGUUUGGAGGAGGAGGCGUGCGAGGGCGAGUGUGACGCGAGAGGCACGAGAGUCACGCGAAAGCGGCAGCGGGACACAGACGGUGCCAUCGACAACAACAAUGCGCGAGGGAGAGGAGGGUGGGCGACAGGAGGAGCGGCGGAGGAGGAGGAGGAUGAGGCGGUGGAGAGUGCGGUGAGGGAGGCCCUGGCGUGGAUGCCUGAGGAGCACUGUGCUGCGCUCCAUGCACUGCUGCUGCAGGGGGGAGAGGGGGGGAGGGGGCAUGAGGAAGCAGGUGGUGGUGGCGAGGAUGGCGAGCAGGGAGGGCGUGGUGGCAUGAGGUGGACGCAAGAGGAGGUUGUGACACGUGUUGUGCUGCGGCACUUCAGGCGCUCUGCUGCCCUGCCUCAAGGCGCGGGCGGGCGUGGUGGAUCAGCGGGCGUGGCAGCGAGGCAGGGCGCACGGGCAGCUGGGAGGGGCCGUGCGGGCAGGGCGGGCAUGCAAGGGCGGCAGCGCCAUGGGGGGGAGGCGGAUGAGCAUGAGCGCGCUAUCCAAGGAAGCGUGCUGGCAGCAGGAUUCAGGCGGGCUAUGCCCUUCACGUCGCCGCAGAGUGAGCUGCAGUGGGCCACGGCGCCGCCAUGCCUUCCCGGCUUGCAGCAGAACCACAUUCCCACCCACUCACUCUCGCCCAUGCCACCAAACAACACUCUCUCCCAUCCCUCCUCCUCCUCCGCCUCCAACCCACCCAAGCCCAUUGCGCCUGCCACCACCCUGCCAGCUGCUGCGGCGUCACCUGUGACCUCGCCUCUCCCGCACAACACGGCGUGGGCCGUUGUCACGUCGCCCCCCUGGCAGCACCUGCUAAACAAGGUGGGCGUGCCAGCAAUGGUUCAUCUGCUCUCGCAUGCCUCCAUAUUCGUGCCACUUGGAGCCUCCUCAUUCGUCCAAGUGGCAGGCCCUCCUGUAUCCAGCCAUGCACUGCAAUCGCGCUGCUCUACCUUCGACCGCCUACACCCUCCUGCGUCACCCCACUCCCGCCCUCCAUGCCACUCCCCUGCUCUUGGCACCGCGCACGCCCAGCCAUCAGCAGCAUGCGUGCCCUCGCGCACGCGCUAUGUGGUGGCACGUGUGGCAGUAGGCACUGGUGGUGGGGGGGGUCUUCGUGGCAGUGCUGCGGUGGGCGGGGUGCAGCACAGAGGGAGAGGCAGGAGGGAUGCUGGGAGGAGCAAGGACGGCGGCACGGGUGUGCAUGUGUGGAGUGCAGGACAAGGCCGGGGGAAUAUGGCGACGGAAAAGGAGGUGGCGGGGAGUACAGGAGGAGAGACUGAGGAAGGGCGGGGAGGGGAGGGAAGGAUGAGGGUGGGGUGGGCGAGGGCAGAUGGGUCAGUUGGAAGAAGGGGAGUCGGUGAGGGAGGUGGGGAUGGGCGCAGAGGGGAGGAGAGCAGGCGUGCAGAGCGAGGUGCGGGUGAGGGUAAGGGCGUCCCUGGGUGGCCCAAGGAGGUGGCUGGGGGAGGGGAGCGAGACGCAGAGCAAGCAGAGGGCGGCUGUGACAGGGAGGGGCAGGUGGGAGAUGGUUCAGAUGAUGGGGUUUACGUGGGUGCAGAGAAGAAGAGAAAGAGGGGGAAGAGGAACAGGGGCGGCCGGAAGGUGCAACGGAGUGCGGAAAGGAGAAAGGGAGGGGAAGGUGGGUGUGGUCAUGGGCGGGGAAGAGAAAAAGGAGCAGAGGGGAACGGAAGGGAGGGGGCAGAUGGUGGACGGUGCGUGGAUGCAGAGGCAGGGAGAGAUGCUGCUCGUGGCAGGGGACAUGGGUGGAAAGGCGAGCGCGAUAGGGAAGGAGAGAACGGAGAGAACGGGCAGCACCGAAGAGUGGGCGCUGUGGAGAGAGGUGUGGUGGAGGAGGGGGGUAAGCGACAGGAGAAGGCAGGUGAGAUAAGGAGAGAGGCAGAUGAGGAUGGGAGGACUGCUCGCCAGCAUCCUUCUCAGCAUCACCGGCACGGCACCUUUCCUUCACCACGACCAUCCGUGCUCCCUGCACCCCACAGCACGUCCCUGCUGGCAGGCGUGCAGCGGCAGCUUGUGCCGCGCUCCUCGCUCUUCUACUGCUCCAGCUUUGCUCUUCACCCCGGCCUGCCCAAGUCACAGAGCAUGUCGCCGCCCCCUCCAAUCCACCAUAACCUGCCAUGCCACCACCUCUCCCCGAGCGUGUAUGUCAGUCCCAUGCCCUCUCUCUCGCUUGUGAACUACCCCUGUCAUCUACCCCUUCUCUCCGUUCCCCCUUCCCUCCUGCUCCUCCCAGACAUUCUGAACCGCCUUCCCGCCACAAGAGAGGGUGCGGGGCAGCUGUACCAACACGUCUUCCAUCAGCCCCUAGAGCGCGCAGCAGCAGCACCUGCUGCAUGCGCACAGCAGCACCAAGGGGCAGUCUGUGGGCCCGCCGCUUACCUGCUCAACGCCCCGCCCUCGCCUGCUCUUCUCGCCCUGCUGCACUCCAUGCUCCGCCGUGCCCGUGCAUGCAACUUCUCCCGCCUGCUCGCCAAGCACUGCCCUCUCCCUGCCGCCUCCUCUCCAACCCCGCUUGCUGCUGCCGCGCCUGUACAGGCCGCUGCUGGAGACGCUUCUACUGCUAAAGCAGCAGCCAGUGCUGCUGUCGGUUCAGGCAGUGCCCGUGACGUGGUGGCAGGAUCAGAUGGGGCUGCUGAAGCUGUAGCAGCAGCGCGUGGCAGUAGUACCAGUGACGCGCCUUGCAAUGGCGCUGUCUCCACCAGUGAUGCCAGUGAACGUGCACCUGCUCAUGCUGUGCAGCCAGCGGCAGUGGACAUGCAUGGCCGCCCACCCGCCAUGAGUGCUCCUGCUGCACAUGUGAGCGGCACACCCAGAGCGCCAUCACCUACACCUGAUGCUCAUGCACCUGUGCCUGCGGCUGAUUCGGCAGUGGAAGGUGAAGCUGCUGCCACGCCCACUGCAAAUUCUGCUGCUGAGGCCGUUGACGCUGGUUUGCCCUCACGCUCACGCGAGCACGCACCCCUUGGGACACUUAAUUCAGGCAGCAGGAGAAGAGCAGGGAGUGGGAGUGGGAGUGCAAAAGGGCAGGGCAUGGGGAGCCUGAGGGAGGUGCCUGUAGAGGAGCUAGUGCAGGCCACGAGCAGCCAGCAGCAGGUAGCUAACUUCACAUGGGCCGUGAUCCGUAGCAUCGUGCCUUGCCAUCUGCUGCCCUGUGGGAGAGAUGAGGGCAUAGCAGUGGUGAAGAAGGGUGGAGCAGGGGGAAGGGGAACAGCAGAGGUUGGAAGGGGAGGAGAAGUGGAGGCGGGAGGGAGAAAAAGGGAAGCGGUUGCUACGGUAGCAGUUGCAGCAAGGAGGCAAGGCGGACGAGGGGUGGGCGGGGAAGCUGCCUCUAAGGCUGCAAAGCAGCAUGGCAAGGGUGGGAGAAAGGGAAGCAUGCGGCGGAUGAGACAGUUGAUAGGUCGCUUUGUUGGGCUGCGCAGGUUCGACCAGUUCCCCCUGCACGCCGCCAUGCACCGCUUGCCCACCGCCUGCCUCCCCUGGUCCCCUGCCGCAAUAACCAAGGCCAGUGGGCGAGGGGGGGGUGAGAGAGAGGGUCAGGGGGGAGAAGCACGGGGAGGGAGUGGACGGAGCAGGAGGGAGAAAGAACAGGAGAGUGGUAAGAAGCAGGGGAGUUGUGGGAUGGAUGAGGAGGAAGAGCAAGGUGUGGCGAGCGAGGAGGAGAGGGGGAGAGAUGAAGAGGUGGAGAUGCGGAGGGGGGACGAGGGCGAGCAGGCAGGGCAGCAAGAGCAACCGAAGCAGGUGCAAUCAGUCUGUGAGGGGCAACAGGAGCAGGGCGGCGGUGGGAGGGUGGCAGCACGGCAUGUGCAUGCAGUGCAGGCGCACCGGGUGCUGAGCUGCCUGUGGGUGCAGUGGGUGCUGGCGGAGCUGGUCAUUCCCGUGCUGCGCAGCCACUUCUAUGUCACGGAGAGUGAGGUGCAGCGCCACACCGUGUGCUUCUACCGCAAGCCCGUAUGGGCCCGCAUCAGGUACCUUGCACUGCAGCGCCUUGCCUCCUCCGCCACCUUCCACAAGCUCACACCUGCUGCUGCCAAGCACCUACUCCUCCCCCCCCGCCGCACCACCGCCCCUGGCCACCGCACAGCUGCAGCCAGCCAAGGCAGCAGCUUCAAGGGUGGAGAGGCAGGGGGCGGCGGAGGGGAGGGGCGUGCGCUGGGAGUAGCGCGCGUGCGGUUUGUGCCCAAGGCGCAGACGGUACGACCCAUUGUGAACCUCGGCGCCAGCAGCCACGUGUCCCUCGCUCCCAGAGGAAAACGGACGCGCAAGAGAGCGAGACCCGGGGGACGGGAUGGGAAGGGUGGAGGUGCAUGGGAGGUGGAAGAGGGUGGGGAGGAGGAGGUGGGGGGGAUGCAAGGGAGAGCAGAGCUGGAUGCUCAGUUUCGAUCCGCCUUUGGAGUGUUUGCUGCGGCUGCCCCAGGAGGCGGGGGCGAAAGACAAGGCGGUGGGGGUAGCGUGGGGCAGGGGAUUGGGGAAGGUGGGGAUAAGGGGAGUGGGGAAUGUGGGGAGAAGGGGAGUGGGGAAGGUGGGGAUAAGGGGAAUGGGGAAGGUGGGGUUAAGGGGAGUGGGAAAGGUGGGGACAAGGGGAGUGGGAAAGGUGGGGGUAGGGAGGGCGACGAAGAGGAUGAGGGGUGUGCAGUGGGACGUGGUGAGGAGGGGCCACGUGACGGUGCUACUGAACGCCCUGUGGGGGGAAGAUCCAUGGGUAGAAAGGAUGGUUCUGACUGGCGUGAUGCGCAUGGUGGGCGUGGUGGGCGUGAGCAGAUGCAGCAGAGGAAGGGAGAGGAGGAGCAGGUCUGUAGGACUGCCAUAGCCAGAGAUAAGGGAGUGAGGAAGGUGGUGGUGAGUGAGAGAGAGGGGGGGAGACAGGAUCAAGACAGGGAUUCUGUGGAUGGACAAUUGGCGAUAGGGCAUGGUGUUGCUGCUGCUCCUGCUGCUCGUCCUCCUGCUGCUGCUGCUGCUGCUGCUGCUGCUGCUGCCAUUCCCUUGAAGAGCAGGGAGAACGAUAUCACUUGUGCCACUGCUUCCUGUGGCUCCUCUCCUGCUCCACCUGCUGCUGCUCUUUCUGGUGACCGGGGGAUGAAGAGCACUGGGGAGGUGAAGGAGGACAGUAGUGCUAAGCGAGUGGACAACAAGGGCGAGGCAGAUGGAUCCUCAUCCUCAUCCACAUCCUCAUCCACACAGGAAAGCAGGUAUGCAGUGGGGGAGAUGGCCGAGGCAGCAACUCAGAUGCCACCAGCUCAGUGCUCGUGCUGUGCCAUACAGCUGCAGAAUCGGAACCAGAUGAACAGCGAGCAGCAGCAGAAUGAGGGUCAUGCAUCGGUGCCACCGGAAGGGCAAGACCGUAGCCCUGGCAUUGCACAAGCACAAGGGGGUGGCUGGGAGACUGCUCCGCCUCCGCCCGCGCCCUGCCUGCACUGCUUCACUAUGCGCCCCACUGGGCCGCGUGCAGCAGCCCGCUUCUGGGAACUCACCCGCAAGAGCAAGCCCGGGCGUGUCGUGGGGCAAGACCGGAACGGGCAGGGGGCAGUUAAAAGGGAUGAUGGUGGCGGGCCGGGGAGGAUCUUCCUUGAGGCCCUGCGCAUGCGCAAUGAGCUUGUGGUGGGGGCGUGUCAGGCCAUAGGGAGGAGGCGACAGUCACAGCCCAGCCCUGCCACGCUACCUCCAGCAGGAGGCGCCCGCAUGCCUGCAGAGGGAACAGCAGGCAUGGGCCCCCUAGAGCUUGCCACGGCAGCAGACGGCGAGGCAGCAGAGGAGUCAGAUUCAGAGUCAGAGGACUUUUUUGGGUCCGUGUUGAGAACCGUUCGGCAGGAGAACAGAGUCGCUGCCGCUGCUGCCAAGGCCGCGAGGGCCCGUGCACGUCCAGGUGCUCAGGUGCGUCAACAGCACAGGGAUCUCCUCCGCAACGCAGGGAUCUCCCCAGGGGCCGCUGAAGAGAAGCAGAUUUCGCAGGUGGCUGUGGGUGGUGGUGCUGUGGGUGGCACCGGCACCGGCACCCCAUGCGCCACUGAUCACGUGCCGACCAUCAUCUCAGGAGCUGCCCGCACACGGCCGUACAACUUCAAGCCGAGGCCAAUCUUCCGGGUAUCUCCUCUUGUACUCAGCACUCCCACGCCUCCAGCUCCUCGUACAACAGUAACUUCUCCUGCCAGCCGUGCUGACACCCCAGGGGCUGCUGCUGCUGCUGCCGUGUGCACGCCUCCCCCUCCUCCUGCGCUGCCAGAUCGCCCAAUUCACUGCCCUCCUCUCCCCCCUUCUUGCACCUCCCCGCCCGUAUCCUCUGCCCUUCCUGACUCGUGCACGCCUAUUCCUGAUCCCAAGCAACCCACAGUCACAGAGCAUCGGCAGGCGGCGGCGCAGCAGGCUGGGAAGGCAGGGGAGCAGGAGGAGGGCGAGCGGCGACCGGUGCAGGCAAAGAGGAGGCGGCAGGUGGUGCGGUUUGGGCCGAUCAACAGUGGUUUGAGGAGCAUCCACACAUGCCUGCAGGUGGAGAGCAGGCGAGGGUGGCAUGGCGGAGGGGGGCACCAUGACAGGGCUGCCCAGGAUGCUGCAUGCUGCCAUGGCGCUGAGGCACGUGGUGGUGGUGGUGAUGAUGGCAUGGCAUGUGAGGGUUUAGGUGGUGGUGCCACUGCCACUCAGAGUCGGUACGACAGGGCGAUGCAGAGGAGUGGGGAUGGGGCGGCGAGGGAUGAUCAGAGGAGAGAAGCUCAGGGGGAGGAUGAGCAGUGCGGUGGGGAAGGAGAAGAGCAAGAGGAGGUCGGGGGAGGGGAAGGAGAGGAUAGCAGGGAGGAAGGGAGCAGAAAGAGGAGGAAGGAGAGUGGGCGCACGGGCAGAGGAGAGAGGAUCCGCGGGGGUGGCGAUGAUGGUGCUGCGAGUGGUAUGGGGAUAGGGAGGAACAUUGAGGGGGUGGUGAGUGAGGGGAAGGAGGACGGUAAGAAGAGGAGGAGCAGUGAGGAGGAGAAUCAAGUUGGAGUCGAGGGAAGAGGAAUGGGAGGUGCAAACCAAAAGCUGGGAAGUGGGGUGCGAGGUUGCGUAGGGGAGGCGAGGCAGUGCAGGGAGGGCAGGCUAGGAGCAUCUGUGUUUGGAUACAGUGAUGCGUAUGGGCGCUACCGUGCCUUUGUGCUCCGCUUGAGAGCCCGCCUGCCUGCCAUGCGCGGCCCCACUGCGCACCACACUGCCUGCAGCACCCCGGGGCAGCAACAGGGGGAGGUGUGGGAUGGGACGUGUGAGGCGAAGCAGCAAGAACGAUGGUUCAAUCAGCAGCUGUGUGACUGGUGGCGUGAGAGGGUGACACGUGUACCCCCUGUGUACAUGGCAGUGUGUGACGUGGCACAAGCAUAUGACACGAUUCCGCACGCCAAGCUCUUGGAAAUCAUGCAGGAGUUUGUUGAAACGCCAGCCUACAUUGUACGACGCUUCUCUGCCAUUGCACCACGAGCCAAUGGGCUCAUCACUCCCAGGUCCCACAGAGCAGCCAUGCCCAUGCCCAUGCCCAUUCCCAUGCCCACUCCUAUGGCACCUGAACAUCCAUGUGCUACAGUGACACCUGCGGUGACACCUGUGACUGCUGGAUCUGGCAUGGCAAGACCAGCAGCUGAUGAGGGCCUGACUUCCCUGUGGCAUCGCGACCACAUACUCCAGCUGCUGCGGCGCCACAUCAGCUGCCACGUCAUCAGGGCUGGGCGGCAGUUUUUCUUGCAGCGAACAGGAAUCCCGCAGGGCUCGGUGCUGUCUGCGCUGCUGUGCUCCCUCUUCUAUGCACACCUGGACCGCCACGUGCUCCUCCCCUCCCUCACACCACUUGCCCUGGGUGCUCCUUUGCCACCGGAGGGUGGGGAGGGCAGGAGUGCAGGGCAGGGCGGGGAGUUGGGAGAACACAGGGGGGACGGGGGCGAGGAGGGGGCGGGUGAAGGAGGCGAGUGUGAGAGGCGCAAGGAGAGGGAGAAGAGAUGGGAGGCAGUGCGGGUGAGGGUAGGGAUGGUUGGAGCAGAGGAGAAGGAAGGAGAGGCUUGUGGGAGUGGUGCCAAGCCAGUGCAUCCACCUAGACAUAGCAAUUCCCAGCAGCAACUCGAGCAGCAGCAGCAGCAGCAGCAACGUGACUCCCCUCCCCCUCCCCUUGGCGCCCACUCCCUGCUGCUGCGGCUCAUAGAUGACUCUCUCUUCAUCUCCACAUCGCAACCCCAUGUUGCUGCUUACGUGGCCGCCAUGCACACAGGCUUCCAGGAGUACGGCUGCCGGGCCAACCAGAGCAAGACAGCUGUCAACUUCCCACUGGAGCUGGGGAAGGGAAAAAGAGAGAUAGGUGGGAGUGUGGCUGGUGGGGACAUGGACGGAUGUGGACGGAAGGAAGGAGAGCGGGUGGCAAGGGAUGGAGGAAUGCAGGUGGAAGAGGGCAGUGCAGGUAUGGAGCAGCAGGGACAGGAAGGAGCAGAAAGAAUGGACGUGGAGGGGGAGAAGAGGAUGGGGAAUGGAGAGCAGGGCGAGGCAGGGGAAAGGCAGAGCGACGAGCGGACAUUUCAGGAGAGGGUGUAUGAGGAGGAGGUUGGGGAUGGUGGGGAGAUGGUGCAGGGCUUGGAGACGAAGCGGCGAUUCAUGCGGUGGGCAGGGCUGCUGGUGAACUGCAGCACGCUGGAGGUGCAGGCAGACUACACCAGGUACUGGGGCACGGACAUGGCCACAGCAGUGACAGUAAGUUUCUGUGACCCCCCUGCAACAGCGAUACCCACGAAGCUGCGGCAGUUCCUGCGGCCCAAGUGCAGCGCACUACUCCUGGACCCUGCAAUCAACAGUUCCCCCACACUGUUUGUCAACGCGUACCAGGCGCUGUGCCUCGCCGCCAUCAAGCUCACUGCCUACUGCCGUGCGCGCCGCCUCUCCCCCGCUGCUGCCUGCACACCACGCUCUCGCUGCGUGCCUCGCACGACUCGUGAUCGUACCACGCACAGCAUGGGAAAGAGCAAGUCAGGGGAGGAGAAGCCUUGGAAGCGAAAGGACGGUGGGGCCUCUCCUGCUGUGCGAGGUCGAUGUGUGUGCCACGUACAGGCCCAGUUCUUCACCCGUGCGAUUAUUGACGCUAUCAACUACUAUGCAAGGCUCAUUCGAUCGCGGCUGGAAGCAGCAUCCAGGGAAGUGGGAGAACCCAUCCCAUGCCUAUUCACCACUGACAUAGUCACCUUCUUGGGCCUCUCCGCGUUCACCACGGUUCUCAAUGCAAAGCGCGGUGUAUGGAAGGGCGUAGUUGUGAGGCUGCAAGAGCGGCUGCGGUGUAGGCAGAUGGCAGCAGUUGGGGAUGACCCCGUGGUUAAGCAGGCCUUGCAUCCCAGCAGACACUCUGUCUUUGGACGAAUCCUCUUCUGA